GUGUGUGUGUGUGUGUGUAUAAACAAACCCCGCCCCGCCCCGCCAGCUGGCCAGCAGCAGCAGCAGCACGUGUAGGCAGCAGCAAUGCGGCAGCUCAAGUACGCUGAGAAAAAGCUUCUAAAGCACACAGACUUCCUGAAAUGGGAGGUGGACAACAACCUGCACGAGGUGACGGUGAUGAAGAGAUACCUCAUCCAGCGGCGGGAGGACUACACCACCUACAACAAGAUGUCCCGAGAGGUUCGAGAGCUGGCCUUGAAGAUCAAGGAGUUGGACCCCAAGGACCCCUACAGAGUGGAGGCCAGUGCCAGACUGAUGGAGAAGCUGUACUCAAUGGGACUCAUCCCUACCAAGUGGAACCUCAAACUGUGCAGCAACGUCACAGCCUCCUCCUUCUGCCGCCGCCGCCUGCCCUGCCUCAUGGUGCGCAGCAAGAUGGCCCCCGACCUUCGCACUGCCGUCACCUUCAUUGAGCAGGGCCAUGUCAGGGUAGGGCCGGAGGUGGUCAAGGACCCGGCCUUCCUUGUCACAAGAGCUCUUGAGGAUUACAUCACAUGGGUGGACACUUCAGCCAUCAGGAAACACGUCAAGCAGUACAAUGAGGAGAAUGAUGACUUUGACCUCAACAACUGCUAGUGACUGGAGGAGCUGUGCUAUUUGUUAAGGGAUGAAUUGGAUGAAUGACAGAUUUGUGAGAAUGAAAAAUAUAUUCUUUUGUGUAA